AUGUCGUCGCUAGCCCGGGCUGCGGCCACCAGGAGCCUCGGCGGAGCAUCCCGACGCCUAUCCGGUGGCCUCCCCCUCCGUCACUACUCUUCGCCGUCCUCUUCUGCUUCCUCGUCAGCACGGUCAACGGCGGCUACCUCUUCUUCCCACAGACUGCCCCUGGCCGCUACGGCCCUCGUCGCAUCUCUUGCCACCGUCUACGCCCUCAACGCCUCCACCUCGCCCUCGGCCGACCGGACCAUCCACUGCGAUGCACCCGCACCCGCGCCCAAGCCUACAGGCGUCUCGAGCAUUAAGGGCGGCAACUUGUCCGACCUUCCCGAGAUCUCCCAUCUCGACCCGUCGCUCCUCGACAACACCGACGCCCCGAUGAGACAGCGCAUGGAGACCUACGUCAAGCUGCUCCAACACCGCAUCGUCUCGGCUCUCUCCCAGGAGGAGCCUACCGCCCGCUUCCUCAUCGACAGCUGGCUGCGCAAGGAAGGCGGCGAGGGCAUCUCGUGCGUCCUCCAGGACGGCUCCACCUUUGAAAAGGCCGGCGUCAACAUCAGCGUCGUGCACGGCACCCUCCCGCCGGCCGCCAUCCGCCAGAUGAGCGCCAACCACGCUGGUCUCAUGACCAAGACCGGGUACCGCCUCGAGGGCCCCGACGCCGAGGUCAAGGGGCUGCCCUUUUACGCCGCGGGCCUCAGUCUCGUCGUCCACCCAAAGAACCCCUUUGCACCCACGGUCCACUUCAACUACCGCUACUUUGAGCUCGCCCACCCGGAGAAGCUCGCCGACGGAUCGCCCAACCCGCGGCACCCGUCCAACGGCACCGGAGAGGCCAAGGACGAGCCAAUAGCCUGGUGGUUUGGCGGCGGAACCGACCUGACGCCCAUCUACCUCUUCGACGAGGACGCCAGGCACUUCCACAAGACGCUCAAGGCCGCAGCAGACGCCCACGACACCGCCUUCUACCCGGCAUGGAAGAGGUGGUGCGACACCUACUUCCAGAUCCCGCAUCGUGGCGAGGCUCGAGGCAUCGGCGGCAUCUUCUUCGACGACCUCACGCUGCCCGAGUGGUCAAAGGGCGCCGGCGGACGUGGCAGCUUCAUCCCGCUCUCGGACGGGCAGAAGGCGCCCACGUCGGCGCUCUCGUCGCUCCGCCCGCACACGCAGGACAGCUUGUUCUCGACGGUCAAGUCGAUGGGCGACUCGUUCCUGCCCGCCUACCUGCCCAUUGUGCAGCGCCGCAAGAACAUGCCCUAUACCGAGGCCCACGAGCGGUGGCAGGCGCUGCGUCGAGGAAGAUACGUCGAGUUCAACCUCGUCUACGACCGCGGCACCAAGUUUGGGCUCCAGACGCCCGGCGCCAGGAUCGAAAGCAUCCUCAUGAGCCUGCCGCUCAAGGCGAGAUGGGAGUACAUGGAGAGGUGGGGCGGUGGCGGUGCCCAGGGCCGCGAUGGAAAGGGAACCGAGGAUAGCGAUGGCCGCGAACCAAAGGACGGCGAGGAGGGCGCAGAGGAGAGAAGGAUCCAGCAGGUCCUCCGCCACCCGCGCGACUGGGCGUGA